GUGAUCUGUGAACGAUCGCUUGCAGCAGCAGCAGCUCUAUAGGGUAUUGAUAUUGUUGUGAAACAUCGCCGCCACUAAAACGUUGUUAUCACCGACGUCGACGUCGCUGUGGUAGUUAUCACGGUUAUCACCAUAGGUACCCGAUACGGUUGGAAGAUCUACGGUUAUCACGAUCGUCGAUUUUUUUUUCACUCUCACUCGCUCGCUCUCUUUCUAACCCGUUUAGUGCACGAGCCGGACCACGGGCUCUUUUUGUACUUUUACUCGCCGCGCCGACUACGAAGUACGAAGAAAUACGAAAAUAUUUCUGUGAAAUCGUAACGUCCCCUCACGUGGGCCGCCACACAGGACGUGUCGUUGCGGACUUCCGACGGAUAACGGUUUCCCUAUCAACAUAGGGGCUGAGCUAGAGCAGCCGAGUGGAAAGGGACAGAGAUAGUGCCCUAGCGAAUCGCUAUCUCCGUCCGCGGCGGUUAUCUUCGUUCCGUCGGCCGUUGAUAGGUUUUUUAUUAUUAUUUCGCCUAUCUUGUCGUCGUCACGUUCUACACCGUUUCGACGUUCGCCGACAAUCACUCGUUCCGCCGCCGCAGUUCUCUUGGACACGAUCACCGACGUAUCUAACUCGCUCACCGUUGCACGACCCAUCCAGCUCCAUUCCGGUUCCGUUCCAGCAGCAUCCGGCCCAUCCGAAUGCGCUGUUCGAGUCUUCCAGCGACGUAUUAACAACCAUGUACUUACGUGCAUCCGCGUCGCUCUCACGUAUCACCGCCAUCGCCAACCGUAGUUCGCCGGCGGUUGUCAGACGUAGAGAUUACAGCGACAACGUCGACAGUGCAAAGAGAGGACUUGUCGUUGGUGUUUACAUUGACAAUUCUGGAAAUAACGUGAAACUUACACCAGCAGCUGAACAGAUAAAUCAAGAAAGUAAUGGCACAAUUUUAAAAGCAUUAAAAAUUUUGCGACAUACUAAAAUGUAUUAAAAUAAAAAUUAAAAACCAUGUCUGAAAUGACGGAGGAAGAGAACUCCGGAUCACGUGCAAUCAAACGUCAACAUUUGGAUUCCACUGACACUUCAUUAUCAAACUCUUCAUCUGAUUAUUCUUGUCCUGUAUGCUAUGAUAUUAUCCAUGAAGCACAUAUCACAAAGUGUGGGCAUUCAUUUUGCUAUAGUUGUGUUUCUAGAAGUCUAGAAACAAAUUCUUCUUGUCCAAAAUGUGGAAACUUAUUAUCAGGAGGCAUUUGUGAUAUAUUUCCAAAUCUAGCACUUGAUAAAUUGGUAACCAAGUACAAACUAGUAAACCCUGGACGUAAAUUAGAAAACUCUAGUAAACUAGGUUUAAUUGCUGGAUUACGAGGAUUUGUCAAUGCUGAAUCUAAAAAAUUAACCUUGUCUGACGUUGAUGCAAUGUUGGAACUUUUAACUCGACGUAAGCGUAAACUUGAAGCUGAGUCGGCUUUGGCUCAAAAUCGGUUACUUUUUGAAUUCCUUGAAAGGUUAUUAUGUGAUAAAGAAUCACAAAUGCGCCGGAUUGGAAGACAAGUAGAGUUAGUGAAAAAAGAUGUAGCUUUUGUAAAAAAAAUUUUAAAAGAAUGGGAAGCCAAGAAACCAGUAGCUUCUGAUAUAGAACAUAAUAAUAUCAAUGAAAAAUUUGAUAACACUCCUCCAAUAAAUAGUGUAAAUAAUUGUAUCCCUGGUAAUAUUCAACGUAGACGUAUGUGUUCCCAUUUUGAUGAUUUUGUUGAUUGUUAUUUUUCAUUAAGAGCAAAAGAAUUAGUAUUUGGUAAUAGACACUCAUCAGAAGAAGAUGGAAAUAUUAAAGAAAAAGAUCAUGAAAAGGGAUUGGACGAGUUUCGAGAAAAUCUAGUGAAAUUUUCUAAGUUUAAUGCCCUUAGACCUAUAGCUACCCUGAAUUAUGGCACUGAUAUAUUCAAUAACUCAACUAUAGUGUCAAGUAUUGAAUUUGAUAAAGAUGAUGAAUAUUUUGCAAUAGCUGGUGUAACAAAACGCAUUAAAGUAUUUGAAUAUGAUUGUGUAUUACGUGACAGUGUUGAUAUUCAUUAUCCUUGUGUAGAAAUGAUAUCUGCCUCUAAGAUAUCUUGUAUUAGUUGGAAUUCUUACAGAAAAAACACUGUUGCCAGUAGUGAUUAUGAAGGGGCUGUAUGUGUGUGGGAUGCAGGUACAGGUCAACGUACAAGGAUAUUUCGAGAACAUGAAAAACGAUGUUGGAGUGUUGAUUUCAAUAAAGCUGAUGCUGGACUAAUGGCUUCUGGAUCAGAUGAUGCACGUGUUAAACUUUGGACACUUAAUCAAGAACGGUCCGUUGCAUGUCUUGAAGCAAAAGCCAAUGUAUGUUGUGUCAAAUUCAAUCCAAUUGGUGCUUCUUACCUUGCAUUUGGCUCUGCUGAUCAUUGCGUUCAUUAUUAUGAUUUACGACAUGCAAAACGUGCUUUAGCUAUAUUUAAAGGCCACAAAAAAGCCGUGUCAUAUGUCAAGUUCUUAAAUGGAAAGGAAAUGGUUUCUGCAUCAACUGAUAGUCAGUUAAAAUUAUGGAAUGUCAAUGAAGCCCACGAAGGAUGUGUUCGUUCUUUUGUUGGUCAUGUGAACGAAAAAAAUUUUGUUGGCUUAGCCACCGAUGGUGAUUACAUAGCUUGUGGGUCUGAAAAUAAUUCACUUUAUAUUUACUAUAAAGGAUUACAAAGAAAAUUAUUUACAUUUAAAUUUGAAGCAAAUAAUGCAAUUUUGAGUGCAUCUGAAGAGGAAAAAGAUAGACGGAGGGAUGAUGACGUUAAUGAAUUUGUUUCGGCUGUCUGCUGGCGUCAAACAUCCAACAUACUCAUGGCUGCUAAUAGUCAAGGAAUAAUUAAAGUUCUUGAACUUAAAUAAUUUUAUGAAUCAUUUCAUUAUCACCAUAAAAUUGUACAUUUUUAAAUUAGUUAAUGUUAUUAUUUAUUUGUAUGUAAACUUGUCUAUUUAUCUCAUUUGUAUGCAAUAUAUUUUGGAAUAGUGUGAUAUUAUGUGUUUUAUUAUAAGAACACCAUUGACAAAGUGUAUAAUUAAAUAUUAUUAUGUUGUAUUGAUAAAUUUAGAAAUACCAAUAUUAAGUAUCCGUGAAUUUGUGUGCUUCCAUAAGCAGAAUGUCCAAUGUCCUAUAUAGUAUUUAUAAUAGAUAAAUUUAUAUUUUUAUUAUUAUUAUUAUCAUUAUUAUUAUUAUUAUUAUUAUUAUUACUAUUAGUUAAUUAUAAAUGUGUUGAAAA